AUGGCGAAACGGCGGCAUUUUGGGUCCUUUUGCGUCGCCCUCUCGUACAACUUUCCAACAUCGAUGUAUCGGGCAAUUGAGCCGGUCGCGUUGAUUGCGUACUCGACAAAGGUGCACCAGUAUCAUGAUUGGCUACUUCGUCUUGACGGCACUCGCAUUCUCAGUAAUCGUCGGGCGAAGGAGGACUUUAAGUUGGUUUCGGAAGUGUGUGGCUACAGGUCCGGCGACAUCAUGCCACGUAUUCUGGAAAUGCCCUAG